AUGAAGCUAGCUGCAAAGGCACAAUUUGGGGCAGAUGUCAUCGAAUCUCCAACAUCCGCGCAGGUUGUGGACAUCUACGUGGACAACGGUAGCACGUUGCCUCCAGGUGUAGCCUUCUCCGCUCUCUCUUCCGCAACGGGACCGUCCAGCGCGGUACUAACAGCCAACGCCGUGAUCCCUCCAGGCACAGACGAUGUUGUGCUCGCUGCGGCAACUCAGAUCGUCUCCUCCGUUGUACCCUCAGCUGCGGGCAUCGGCGCGCUCGCGGCUGUUGUCUCUUCUGCGAUCCGAGGGUUGCCCGUUGCGUCUGCGUUGGGACUCCCCGUCAUCCCCCCCGUUGGACCGGGGCUGGCGGCGACUUCCGCAAUCGCCCUCGGGCUUGGUGGCUUCGGGUCGCUCUCCGUACCUGAAGUGCAGUCACAGGACGUGAGCGACGCAUUGACCCCUGUGUCGCUCGAUGAUCCUACCGUUGGAGUGGAAGCUGCUCCUGCACCCGCCCCUGUUGUUGCUCCAGCACCCGCCCCGGUGGUUGCUCCAGCUCCGGCGGAAGCCAGCGUCAACGACACCCCCGUAAGCGAUGCAGCGGCUCCCGUCGUCGAGCCGAACCCUGCGACGCCUCCUGCCGCAGACGCAGCUUUGCUGGCCAACAACGGCGAGACCGUUACCCCAAACCUCCCUGCUCCACUCCCUAACGCGAAUGACCUGCCAGUCUCUGGAUUUGCAGUUGGCGACCCGGCCGCAGUGGACACGACUCUUCCUAUCAACAACGCCGUGGAUGUCCCUGCAGCUCAACCGCCACUUCCAAACGAGGGCGUCGUUCCAGCUCUUCCCGCCCCUGGCGAUGGGACUCCUAUUCCAGCAGCAGCCCCAGCUGAUGGCUCUGUCCAGGCUCUGGACACUGUCGACCCCGGUCUACCACCGCCAGCUGGCGGAGACCCUGGAGCCGUUGGAGCUACUGCUGUCCAGCCAUUAGCUGAUGUUUCACCUUACGAUCCUUUCACCGGUGCGAAUGAUGGGCCUUUUAUCCCGCAGAAGCCUCCGAUCGGCCCAUCAGGCUAUGAUGGCGACGACGACACCCAAUACGAUGCAGAGGAUCAAGGCAAGGGUCCUCAUGGCCGACGUCCCGGCCAAGAUCCUAAGGACCCCAGCCCUGGCGGCGACGUCGAAGAUACCACGCAGUAUGACGGUGAAGAUUACGGCAAUGGCCCCAACGGGCAGAGCAAGAGCCAUGGCAAGAAACCGACGAAGGGCAACGGACCAGACCAAUCUGGCGAUGACUCUGACGAGGAAUGUCCUGAAUGGUGCCUUGAGGACGACGGCACUAGCUCUCCCGAACGAUCCUCCCACGAUCACUCAUCAAACACAACCUCCGCCAUGCACGCCAAAGAGACUGGCGGAAAGACAAAGCACAAGAAGAAGAAGGCUAAGAAAACUAGCAAGACGCCUCACCGUAUCGCUGUCACCGUUGACGACAACGUUGUCUACACCUCCGACUACAAGCGUGAGGUUGCCGAUGCCGCACCAUCCUCUGGCGGUUUCUCUGGGUUCAAAUGGCCGUCGAAGAAGACCGAUGACACCUCCGAAAGCAGCAAUGAUAUUAAGGGCUCUCAAGGCCAAGGCCAAGACAAGCCUUCUGAAGGACAAGGCCAAGACAAGGAUUCCAGCUCAGACGGCUCUUCUCAGAAUGACAAGGAGAUAUCGGAUCAGUUACAGAAGGCUUCAAAGGGUCAACGCGGUGGAGGCAAUGCUGCUGACAAUGCUGCUGACAACGCUCCUGACAAUGCUGCUGACAGUGGGGACGGUGUUUCCGGAAGUACCCUUCCCGACUGGUUGAAUGACUUGCAGAAACCCAAGGAGUCCGGCUCUCCCGACAGCGCCAAGAACAUCACAGCCGUUUCGAGUGGAGCCAAGGACAGCAGUGGCACGUCAAGUGGCAGCGAGAAUGACAGCGCCAAGGGAAAGAAGAAGAAGAAGAAGAAGUCCAAGGGCAAGUGUCCCAAGAGCUGCAAGAACAAGAAGGGCAGCAAGCCUUCUGGCGCUUCCUCCGGUAAACCGAGCGAGACUGGACUUGGUGGCCAGCCCACCGGCGCUCCGACCGAAUCUGCCACCGGAACUCCCGACUUUGCUGCUCCUACAACCUUUGUGACCCUCGCCUCGGAAAAGGAAGACGAAGCCCUUGCUACCAAAGCCAAGGGUGGAGACUCCCCCGGAGCCACCGGCGAAGCUGGUAAAGGUGGCCUCCCUGCUGGCAAGGAAGACUCAGGUGACACCUUCACCGGUUCGACCCUCGCUGGCGUCUGCCCUAAGCAGUGCAAUCCGUUUAACCCCGCCGAGAAUCUGUGCGACCACGAAUCUAGCGGAUGCACGACUGCCGGUGGAAGCAAGUACUACUGCGCCUGCCGCGCUGGCUACAAGCUCAACGACAGCUCGAACAAGGACUUCAGCAAGCAGUUCAAGGUGUCCGGCCAGCCGUAUGUGUAUGUUUACCCGGGAGCCAAGUGCGAUAAGCUGUGUGAUGAUGGGCUGUGUGAUGAGGUAUUGAUGAGAGAUCAGUGUGUGUAG